AUGGCGCCCAAUGGACUCGUCCCGAAUGGAACUGCAGAGGCUCCGAUCGAGGUCUCUGUAGUACCCUCCAUUGUUGGCAUCAACUUUGGUAACUCUUAUGCGUCCAUCGCAGAAGGCAUUGCCGAGUGCAUAGCCAAUGAGGAUGGAGAGCGUCAGAUUGCUUGUGCUAUCUCGUUUCACGGGGAGGAGAUGUAUAUCGGAAACCAAGCGAGGCACCAGCUGGUCAAAAACUCUCAAAAUACUAUCACCGGAUUCCGUAACCUUUUGGGUAAAAAGUUCUCAGAAGUACCACAGGCGGCUUUGUCUGUCUCUGCGCCGGCCAUACAACACCCUUCGCUACCCGACACGGCAGCUUACAAGGUCAAGGUCCUGCAACCCGCACCUUCACCUCUUAAAACUACCGCUACCAAUACACCUGCAGCGUCACAAGUUGCUACUCCACGCUCAGAGCCCAUCGAGGUCGAGCGCAUCCUGACUGUUUCCGAAGUGACCACAAUAUUCCUCGGUUCGCUCGUGCAGUCUGCUGAGGACUUCCUUGGGAAAAAAGUACUGGGCGCCGUAAUCAGCGCCCCCUCAUGGUUCGAUGACGCCCAAAGAGAGGCGCUGAUAAAAGCAGCAGAGGAUGCUGGAAUCCACGUCCUUCAAUUGCUUGAUGAUGCAGGUGCGGUUGCCAUCUGCACUGCUGCAGGAUCAGAGGAGAUCCCCUCUGACCGAACACAGCUCAUUGUCGAUCUCGGCGCAUCAUCCCUCGAACUGUCUGUCCUUUCAAUCCGCGAGGGCCUCGCGUACUCACUCGCGACUAUCUCGGAUUCGUCUGUCGGUGGAGAUGAGAUCGAUUCCAGGUUGAUCAAAUUCUUUGCAAAAGAAUUCACCAAAAAAACCAAAACGCCAUUAACUGUCGCGCCUGCAUCUGAUCUUCUUGAUAAGCGCGCCGAGGCCAAACUCAGACUCGCAGUUGAGCACACAAAACGCACGCUUAGCGCGAGUCCUGGUGCCGCUACGUGUUCCGUAGAGUCACUUAAAGAUGGUCUCGACUACACUGGUUCCAUCAACCGGCUCCGAUUUGACAUGGAGGUGCGCUCGGUAUAUGACAAGGUCUACGCAAGGGUGAGGGAGGUUGCCGCGAGCGCAGGGACGGAUUUGUAUGACAUUGACGAGAUUGUAUAUAUCGGCGGUUGCGCUUGCCUACCAGGCCUGGAUGAGACUUUAGCUGGAGGUUUCACCGAAAACGUCAUUACCCCCUUCAAGGCUGGCACGGUCGCUGGCGGUGGAAUCGGUGAUCCAACCACUAUUCUGGCACGCGGCUGUGCCCUCCAAGCACAAUUGCUUGUCGGCCUCGCUGGAGAAACCGAGGAGGUUCGCCAGGCAUUCAUCAAGGGCAAUGGAACUAGCAGUGUUAGCGCUACGAGCCGUACUAUCGGCCUUUUGGUUCCUCAGAUGUCUGCAGAAGAGGGCGGCUUGGGUGGAGUGUGGGUUCCUCUCAUUUUGAAGGAGACGCCUCUGCCAUGCAGGCGCACUGUCACUGUGGAGGUGAAUAUCAGUGGGCCUGAAGAUCGAGUUGGCUUCGAGCUCUGGGAAGUUAGCGAGGGAGUUAGGGUCGAUCAUGUCAAGCCUGAAAAAUUCGAAGACGAAGAAGACGAGCCCCAGGACGAGGAGGAAGAAGAGUUAGAGGAGGUAAAGGAGAAGACGAUCUCAAAAGAAGCAUUCUUGGCUUCAUUAUCACUUUCGCCUUCCAACACUUCCAAGGGCAGGACGAAGGUGCAAGUACAGGCAAUCAUUAGCGGCAAUGGUGCAGUAGAUCUCAGCAUAAGGGAGGUGACGAAGAACGGAUUGGGAGAAGCUGUGACAGUGAUAGUUGGGUCUUCAUAA